GCAGCUCUCGGCUGGCGGCCGUGUCCACUCCUCCGCGCGUCCUGGCAUCGUCCCCGCCCCACACUCGGCCCAAGCCCACUCCGCGCCGCGGGGUCAGGCUUCCGAGCGGGACUGGAGCCCGGGGCGCCCUGAAGUUCGGGGAAGGAAGGAAGAGAAAGAGGGAGGCGCUCCACGCUCUCCUCCGCGCGGCCCGGCUGCCUCCAGCUGCCCUGCAGGCGAGUUGUCCUCAACUGCGCGCCUGCCCAGAGACUUCCUGGGCCGAUGCGACAGCCGGGAGGAGCCCGCUCUGCGACCCCCGAGGGCCGACCCGUCAGGACCUGGGGGCCAACUUCACGGGCAGGAGGAGGACUGUUCAAGCCCGUGUCCACGAAAGCUGAGCGCGAGUUCUCCCUGGAGCUCCGGAGGCGGGACCGACGCGAGCCCCGCGGGCCUGGGAGGGAAGGAAAAGGGAGCCCCAGACUUCCAGAAAGCCGGCUCCCCCUUUCUGCCGGAGCAUUUGGGAACCCCACCCACUCGCUCUAAUCCGGCGCCGCUUCGCUUCCAGGUGUUCCCGCGGCCGCGCCAGGUAGCGGGAGGGCGGCCCGCGCCUCCCCCCUGGACCCUCCCCCGCCGCGGGCAGGUUCAAUCCCGAGACCGCCUCGCUCAAGCCGUCCCCAGGCCCGCAUCCUCCUCCCACUCCGCUAAAACCCGGAGGCUCCCCAGUGGAAGCGCAUUCUCCUCUGGAGCCCAGGGCGGGUGCUGCGCGCUCUUGCAACGACCCGAGGCGUUAAGUCUCCAGAGGAGUCUUGAGCCGCGGGUUCGCGACCCGGACAAGUCCUGGGGCCAGACGGCGUGAUGGAGCCCCAGGAGGCGCAGCUGCUGAGUUUGGAGGCGCAGGGACCUGCACCCUGUGGAGACACCCCGCCAGCUGAGGAGCUGCCUACCCCGGGGGUUCCCUGCAUGGAGAGUGGCGGGGACGGCGGCGGUAUAUCCGAGGCCCCGAGCCCCGACGCUGAGCCUCUGUCCCCGGCGGAAGAGGCUGCCCCCCGGGAGCAGGAGGAGCUGCUGGAAUGCCGCCGCCGCCGCCGCGCGCGUUCCUUUUCCCUACCCGCCGACCCGAUCUUGCAGGCGGCGAAACUUCUGCAGCAGCGACAGCAGCUUGCCCUGGGGCUCGGCGCGGAGGGCGGCCGGAGGGCCGGGGGCGUGCCUCACGGCCCCGGCGGCUGCUGUGCCAAGUGCAAGAAGCGGGUGCAGUUUGCGGACGCGCUGGGGCUGAGCCUGGCCAGCGUGAAGCACUUCAGCGAGGCCGAGGAGCCGCAGGUGCCGCCGGCCGUGCUCUCCCGCCUUCGCAGCUUCCCCAUGCGCGCCGAGGACCUGGAGCAGCUCCCCGGCCUGCUGGCCGCGGCGGCGGCGGCCGCGCCCCUCUCCGCGCCGCCUCCCCGGCUUCGGCCUGUCUUCCAGCUUCCGGAGCCGGGCGCCGCGGCCGAGCGCCUGAGGCGGCAGCGCGUGUGCUUGGAGCGCGUGCACUGCUCGGCGCUCCCUGGCGCGGAGGUGACAGGCUCCGGCCGGGUGCUGGGCUGCCCCGGGCCGCGGACCGUGGCGGUCCGCUACACCUUCACCGAGUGGCGCUCCUUCCUGGACGUGCCGGCCGAGCUGCAGCCCGAGCCAGUGGAGCCAGGGGCGCCGUCGGGGGGUCCCGGGCCUGGGGAUGCCGAGGAGGAGCCGGGCGCCGAGCGCUUCCACUUCUCGCUGUGCCUGCCCCCCGGCCUGCAGCCCAAGGAGGGGGAGGACGCGGACGCGCCGGGCGUCGCCGUCCACUUCGCUGUCCGCUACCGCUGCGCCCAAGGCGAGUACUGGGACAACAACGCGGGCGCCAACUACACGCUGCGCUACGUGCGCCCCGCGGACGCGCUGUGAGUGAGGGGCUGGGCCCCCAGGGGACCCGGAGCGCUUCAGGGACCGUGAGACAGGGCCGCGCCCGAGGGACCUGCCCUGACGCUUUGCUGAGCGCCGUCCACCUGGAGUGAGGGGAGCGUGGAAGAAAAGGAGGGAGCCGCUUAACUGUAACCUUGCACCCAGACAGACCCUGCACGCAAGCAUGGUGAGCCUGGGCACCGAACCUCCCCAGCCGGUUUUCUCGUCGUGUAGGCCUUCCCAGACAGCCUCUGGAAUUCUCGCCCCGCGUCGGAAUGGGAAGAAAUCCUCAAGACUCCGAGCAAUAGCUUUUUCCAGGAAAGAGCCUCCUGGCUCCUGAGCACAGCUGUAAGACCUUGGGAUUUGUUUCUAACUGUAGACGUCGUGUUUUAGCCUUUGCGGCUUGCUGGAGACCCCUCAGAUCUCAGGGAAAGGACGAAGCAUCCCGCCACAUGGUGCCAAAGGAGGGCACUGCGCUGUGGGCGUCCGCGGGGGCCUCCGCACAGCGGCCUGUUUCUCAGAGAAAACCCCGUGGGCCUUGGCCAGGCUGUCCUUUUCUCUUAACUGCGAUCUGGGAGAUGUUUGCCCAAACUUGACGUUAUUUACUUGUGCCUUUGUGUACAAAUGUUCUUUAAAAAAGUAAAGGCCGCUUGCACACCGUUUUACGCUGUGCCUUAUAUUUCAGCUCCUGGGAGUUGAGGAGGCCUUGGCAGUCGGGCGAUCUUCCUCAGCGAAUGGUGCGCGCACUUGAACUUGAAUAGUUAACGUAUUUCCAGAUUUCCUUUCUUCCACCCCUCCUCUCUGAUCUGGAAAAGCCCAGAUUUCCCAUACUAGGCAAAAGUGUUCUGUCCCCAGCCAAAAUAAGAUGCUUGGUGAAUUGAAAUGCCAGAGUAAUCUGGUAGGCCUUGGCUGUGAGCCUCAAGAGCAGGUCACUGGCCCCCAACCCCCUUUGUGUAGGCAGAGCACAUAAUAGCUGCUAGACUCCUCUGGGCGGUUAGGAGUCAGAGAAGCUGGACUCUCAGGGCUGGACUCCAAGCACCGAAGAUAGGGGAUGGAAAGGCGGCUUUCUGCCCCACCCGGAGCCACAGCGAGUUGUGGUGACUUGAUAGAUGAAGCAUGCCCAGCAAGCAAAGGCUGCUCAGAACCAGGUGGGUGCCCUGCAUGGGCAGGACUGUGGGCACAGGGUCUGGUCCGCCUUCUUCACUCACUGCUGAUGGCUGUGGACACCAGGAUGAGGUGGCCAUGCGUAAGCAGGGUGGUGAGCAUCUUGGGUGAAGACUUGAUUUCUUCACACUUUGGUUGUCCCUUGGUCAUUUACCUUUCCUUAGUUUUCAUAUUUUCCAGCACAUGGCUAGUACAAUCAUUUUGUUUUGGAGUGGUACUCUUUAAGGAGGGAUGGUUUCACUGUUGCUCUAUAGGAACCAGGGUAGGCAUACUACAGCCCAUGGGCCAAAUUCAGCCUGAAGCGUGUUCUUGUAGGAUCUGAGAGCUAAGAAUGGUUUUUACAUUUUUAAACAGUUGGAAAAAUUUGAAAGAAUACUAUUUUGUGACACACGAAGAUCGUAUGAAAUUCAAAUUUCAGUGUCCAUAAAUAAAGUUUUAUUGGAACACAGCCAUGUACAUUCAUGUACAUAUUCCCUAUGACUAUUUUCCUGCCAUAAGAGCAGAGUUGAGUAGAUGCAACAGAGACCAUAUGGGAAGAUCUAAAAUAUUUACUAUCUAGCGCUAACUUUGCCAACCUCUGCUCUAGAGAAGUAGUAUUUUUUUUAACACUAUAUGCUGAGAGUUAUACCUAAUAAAGCAGUUAAACUUUUAGUAAAAUUUGCCACUUGAAAUAAACCUUUGGGUAAAGGUAAAUAGGUUAGAGCACUGAAAAAAGGUUAGAAUAAACACUAAGACGCCAAAUGUACAAUUAUUACUGUAGUGGGGAGGGGAAUCUACCUGCUGCCUUCUUUCAUCGAAGAAAUAAUAAUAAAUCAGUGCAACUGAAAUAUAGUACCUAUCUGAAUUAACAACAAGCUACAAAAACUGCCAAAUAUUUCCACACCUCAAAAUGGGAUGUCUUAAGCUAUAAGUAUUUAGUUUGAACUCUGGUUUGGAGACAUCUCUUUUUACUAUAGCAGUGUUUGUCAAAGGUAAUUGAUCAUGGAAAAUUUUUUAAAUAAUUUAUUAGUGAAAGCCCUCAGAAGUUAAUGAAUUAUAAUUUACACUUGGAGCAAAGCAGACCAAAAAAUGGUCAUGUCGAAAUAAUGAAUACGUAAUUCACAUAUGCUUAUAAAAAACUUCAUAACAAUAAAAAUAAGAAAUUAUUAGAAUGACAUCACUUUUCUGUUACUGAAUACACAAGCAAUCAAGACUUUUCAUGC